AGCAACUACAUUUCACCCAUGUAUGGAUUUCCGCGUGCUCCAAAAUUUUAUCACCGAACAAAAAGGGGUGUCUCCUUUGAAAUAUUAGAUAGAGAGAAGAGUGCAAGCUGAAGAAGGAUAGCUGAACGUAGAACUGAAGAACUAAAACCACAACGUGAUCAAAACAAACACUUGACAGUGGCACAAUGAGUUCGGUAGCCAACAAAGACCCAAAAGUGGCUAUCAAGAAAAGGUCCAGAGUUCCUGGUGUUAUAAUCACUCAGUAUGUUGAGCAACUCCCACCUGGGAAGUCAACACCUGACUUCACCCGAAAGCCAAUGGCUACGACUGUUCAAGAAGGUAAAAAAGCUUUUUUCAAAGCUGUGGUUAAUGGAGAGCCAACACCGACCGUAACAUGGGCACGUAAUAAUGGCAAUGUCGAAGACCCAGAAAAGUACAAAACUAGAUUUGAUGAAAGAGCUCGUGAGCACGUUCUUGAGAUAGCCAAUGUAAAACUAGAUCAAGCUGACACCUACAAAUGCUUCGCCACCAAUGAAUAUGGACAGGCUGUGAGCACUGCAACUCUCAAAGUUCUUGAAGGUGGCCUGAAGAAGAAAAGCAAGGAAGCAAAUGGACAACCACCACAGGAUUUCAGGGCCAUGCUCAAGAAAACUGUUAUUGUCAGCAGAAAAAGACAACUCCCCCCAAAGAAAGAAGGAGAAAUUGAUCCCAAGCUCUGGGAACUGCUUAUUAGUGCACCAAAGAAGGACUAUGAAAAAAUCUGCUUUGACUUUGGUGUUACGGACUUUCGCUGGAUGUUGAAGAGACUCAACCAGAUGAAAAAGGAAAGGGAAGAUGAGCAGGCAAAGGUCGUGGAAAACCUGAGCAAUGUCAAACAAAUAGAAGUAACGCCCCACGGGAGAGCUGAAUUUAGCAUGGACAUGACACUGUGGGAUCCAAACAGUACGAUAAACUUAUACAAGGAUGGAAUAUUGGUUCCAUACACUAAUGAUCCAAAUUCAAAGCACAGCCUUAAGAAAACAGCGACAAAGUAUGUUUUCAGCAUCAAAGACCCUGGGCCAGAAGAUGCUGGAUUUUACCAGGUUGAUGUUGAAGAAGCGAAUGUCCUGACAACUGACUUCAGCGUGCCUGCUGUGGAGUUCACAUCCAAGAUUAAGGAUGUCAAGACCAGUGAAUGUGAGGAUGCCGUCUUUCAGUGUGUCUUGUCAACACCUCUCAACAGAAUUACCUGGUCAAAACAGGACUCAUCACUUGAUGAUGAGGACAAAUAUGAGAUCACUGUCUCAGAGGACAAACUAACUCACACACUGAGAGUUAAAGACUGUGAAGUAGCAGAUAAUGGAGCAUACUAUGCCAUUGCCGGGAUAACUUCCAGCAAGGCCUCUCUCACAGUUAAAGCUGAUCCAAAUGCUCGUAAACGUCGUAAGGCCACCAAAACUGAAGAUGAUCUGGCUAAAAAGCAGGCCAAGCUUCAAAAAGAGAAAGACGACUUGGAGGCGGACGGAGAAGGACAGACUGAAAAAGGCGCUGCAGAUGCAGCAGCUAAAGCUCUUGUAGGGGAUGGUGGAGAUGGUAAAGAUGGAAAAGAUGGUUUUGGUGAUGAUUCUGGUGAUGGAAAGGGUGACGGGAAAGGUGAUGGGAAGGGUGACGGGAAAGGUGAUGGGAAGGAUGAUGGGAAGGGUGAUGGGAAAGGUGAUGGGAAGGAUGAUGGGAAAGGUGAUGGGAAGGAUGAUGGCAAGGGUGACGGGAAAGGUGAUGGGACUGAUGGUAAGACAGAUGGAGACAAAGGUGAAGGAGAUGGCAAGAAGAACCUCCUUACAGACGGAGACGAUGAAAAUAAAAAGGAUGAUGCAGCUGAUAAGAAAAAGAAGCGAUCACGAACUGGCCCUUUGGUACCGGACACUGCUAAAGAUCGUGGUGUUCAGUUUGUUAGUGGGCUGUCAGAUACGGAUGCUAAUGUUGGUCAACGGGCAGAGCUGUCUUGCAAACUAAGCAGUGACACAUCUGAGGGACGUUGGUUUAAAAAUGGGAAGCUGUUAACCAACAAGGAUGGGGUAACAGUUAUCAAAGAUGGAGCCUGUCACAGCUUGAUAAUUGAUUGCUGUAAAGAAGAUGAUGCAGCUGUGUACCGCUUUGAAGCUGAAGGCCGUAAAUCAGAAGCGACACUUAAUAUACAAGACCCACCAAAAAUCGACGCCGACGCACUAGGAAAAUUCACAAAGCCAGUCAUUGUAAAGGCAGGUGAAAAUGCCGAAUGGAAGCUGCCAUUCUCAGGCGGGGCACCGAUGAAUAUACAGUGGAACAAGGAUGAUGACGAGCUUUUCCCUGCUGCCAAUGUGAAGAUUGACACAUCAGAUACUGAGAGCAAACUACGCCUUACUAAGUGCCAAAGGAAAGAUAGUGGAGAGGUCAAAAUAAAACUAAAAAAUGAAUUCGGUACAACAGAGGCAAUUUCCAAACUUAUUGUACUGGACAAACCCACUCCUCCACAAGGACCUGUGGAUAUUAUGGAAAGUGCUGUAACAUCUGUUGAGUUCAAAUGGAAACCACCAAAAGAUAGUGGUGGAUGCCCAGUCACAAACUAUAUGAUAGAACGCCAACAAGUAGGGCGCAAUAAAUGGACAAAACUCGGUGAGAUCCCUGGUAGCAACCCCAGUUACAAAGAUUCAGAUGUGGAUCCUGGAAGGAGAUACUCCUACCGGAUCAGAGCCCGGAACGCAGAAGGCAUCAGUGAUUACCUGCAGACAGAGGACAUAUCAGCUGGUGUAUUACGUUACCCUGGAGCACCAUCAUCACCUAAAGUGGUCAGUGCCUUUAAAGAUUGCAUCACUCUGGCAUGGUCUUCUCCAUGUGACACUGGAGGAACCAAAAUAGUGGGAUACAAUUUGGAAAAGAAAAAGAAAGGCACUAACUACUGGAGUCUUGUAAACCAUGAAGGGCCUAUUACAGGUACAAAGUGUGCAGUGAAAGAUGUUAUUGAAGGAGCAGCCUAUGAAUUUAGAGUGUCUGCUAUCAACCUAUCUGGUGCCGGAGAUCCUAGUAUGCCAUGUGACACAGUCAUCGCAAGAGAUCCAAUGAAACCUCCAGGCAAAGUCACAGACCUGAAGUUAACAUCCUCCGAUUACACCUCAUUUUCACUGGCUUGGAGUAAACCUAAAGGCAUGAAAGGGGAAGAGGGUGAAGCCCAAGGGUACUACGUGGAGAUCAGACCAAUAGAAAACCUUGAAUGGACCCGCUGUAAUUCCACGCCAAUUACUCGAACUUCCCACACCGUGCUUGGCUUGAAGGCAAUGGCCACAUACUGGGUGAGAGUAAUUGCCACCAAUUAUGGAGGUGAUGGAGAACCUCAGGCCUUUGACAAAUACAUCAUUGCCAUGCCUCCUCCUGUCAGGCCAAAGUUUAAAGAUCACAACAUGAAGACCUUUGUGGUGGUAAGAUCUGGAAACACCGUCCGUCUGAACAUCAUCUUUGAGGCUUGUCCCUUGCCAGAGAUCACUUGGCUAAAAGAUGGUGUCCCUGUGCCCAAACAUGUGACAAUUACCAACUCUGAUAAAGGUUCUCAAAUGUUAAUCCCCACAUCUGAACGGUCUGACACUGGCAUUUACACCAUUACUGUCAAGAACAUUGUCGGCCAGGAGAGCUUCAAUGUUGAAGUCAGAGUUACAGAUGAUCCGAAGCCUCCAGGGCCAGUUGAGCUGGAUGAGAACAUCCCUGGGACAGUGACUCUGUCCUGGGCUUCCUCUCCAGAUGAGAAGAGAGAUGACCGACUGCACUACAUGAUAUCCAAGCGGGACGCCGUCAAACGCACUUGGAGGACAGUGGGAGACAACCUCUUCAACAAUAAGUUCACAGUUGUCAACAUCUUGCCUGGACGAGAGUAUAACUUCAGAGUAUUUGCUAAAAAUGAUAUGGGUCUUUCACCACCUUCUGUGUCCCCUCCAUUUGAAACCAAGAAGCAAAGAGAAAAGUUCAAACUAAACACACGAGAGAGAAAACCCUUGGACCUCGAGUCACCUCCAUCAUUUAUCGUCCGCCUGAAGAGGCGUACACCUCCAGAGGGUUACGACUGCUACAUGACCUGUGCGGUUAAGGGUAAUCCAGCUCCACGUGUGACAUGGUACCGCAACAACAUCAGCCUGAACGUGAAUGCAAACUACUACAUCACCAAUGUGUGUGGAGUCUGCUCUAUGCUCAUCCUAAAGGUGGGACCCAAAGACAUCGGGGAAUACAAAGUCAUGCUUGAGAACAAACUGGGGACGUCUGAGUCUUCAAUGAUGCUGAAUGUCAGAGAGUGAAGAAGAGAUGCAGCUGCUGACCAGAAAUUAACCAACCAUUAAUUAUACCUUGACUUGGUGACAACUUAUGUUCAUUUUAAGCUACUUAAUUUCCCACUAGUGUGAUGCACGGCUAUUUAAACACUUACUGUAACACACUUUAGAAAGCUUAUAAAUCUUCCCCGAGAACAGGGCAUGUGGACUAGGAGAGCCAGGGAUCGGACCACCGAUCUUCUGAUGAGUGGAUGACUACCUCCUGAGCCACACCCGCCCCAUGAAUUGUGUGUUUUGGGAAUAAGGUUAUAUGCUGCAUUAUUAAACUUUGGAGAUAUGAAAUCAUCUGGCUUGUGUUUACUAGAGAUGUGAUCA